AUGGACGAUAAUCUUCUCGAAGAACUCGAAGGUCUCAAAAAUAUCACCAAACAACCAACAGCCUUCAAGAAGAAAAUAAUUUCCAGCAAGAAGUCAAGUCAGAGGACAAAACUCUCAUUUGACGAUGAAGAAGAGUCUGGAACUGAAGGUAGCAUUCAGCUACCCGUGCUCAGUAGACUUGAUCAACCAAAAGUCGUAUCCAACCGAAAGAACUUCCAAAGUGUCCCUGUUUUCACAAGUAAGAGAGCAUUCAGUCUGAAAUCUGGAAUUAGGUCGCAAUCUUCUUCUGAACAUGAAAUGGAGCUUGAGCUAGAUGACGACCCAGAGAACAAUCCUGUGGUAGAGAACCCAGAGUUGUUGGAUGCCAGUUUACGCGAGAAGCUAGUGGUAACACCAGUUCCAGUAGUGGUGCAAACGAAGAAGUACGUUCCUAUUGAAACUAACCGAUUUGAACCGCUUUCAGAUAGACAAUUCAAGAAACAGCUUAAAACAGAAUACGCGGACGAAUACAAUUAUGACGACGGAACAGAGAAGGAACAACCGAAAGAAAACGAAGAGACAGAUAUAGUCAUCAAUACAGAAGAUAUGAUGGCGGAAGACGAGCCUUUAGAUUUACGGCAGAACACAAACUUUUCUAUCAACAGCGACAGGUACGACUUUGAGCUUGACGAUGAUGAAGAUUCUGACGAAGAAGUUGAUGAUAGUGUCUCGAAAAGGAACAAGAAUAAGAAGGUAGAACUUCGUGAGAUACUCACAGUAGAAGAACAGGUAACAGCUAUGAAAAAUUCGAUUCAUCAACUCGAAAUAGCUAAGCUUGAACAGGAGACUAAAAAGAAACAACUAGAAAAUGAUUUGGAGACGGUCCGUUCGAAGUUGGAUGCUUUACGAACUGAGCUAGCUUCUUUGUAA